CAGUUCCACUCUCUUCUCUUUCUUGUGGUACCAGCGGAUCCUUUCUCCUUGGGACCUUCUGUCAGCCAGAAAUACUCCUUAAGAAAUCCUCCUUAAAUGGAAAUCUCUGCACAGCCAAAAUUAAGGCACUGAAAGCCCAGCUGGAAACAUCUGCAGGGUGAACUUGUCAGCUUCUGUACUGAACUCUGUGCAUCCUAUCUUGGAAUAAUCUUACAACGAACCAAGCCGGUGACAUUGAGGCCUAGGCCCAAGAUGUCGCCGACAAGAAUGCAAAACUUGCAAGGUUAAAGUCUCAAAAUGACGGUGACGCUGAGGACGUUGCAGGUAAAGAAGGCACAACUCACAAGAUGGGACGGAUGCGCAUCUAUUUUAACGGGCAAGUCAUCCCCAGCUUGUUGUCUAGCAGCCUACCUGGGGUCACCAAUAGUGCAAGGAUGGUGACAACUUUCACCACCAUCCACCUGUUCCUGCUCCUAACUCAAGCAACACCAGAGGCGAGCACUGAGGAGGACCCACUACAUUGGAACUCUGUGCUCCGGAUGAUUGAAAUCUGGGCGAAUGCCACCGGCCCGCAUCCAGAGGGGGUAACCACUUGCAUCCCGAAGCCUGCAGCAAUCGAGGACAAUGUUCUAGAGGUGUAUGUUACUCCCCUUAAUAUCGCAAAAUGGUUUUCUGAGGUACAAGGACCAUUGUGUGGAACCUCUAUUUGUAGAGUCAAUGGUCCCAUACCUUGCCCAGGUUGCCAAGUAGUUUCUUUUCCCGACUAUACACACAUAAGCGGGAGUAAAAUGACGGCGUAUUACUGGCCGUCAGGUCAAAUAACAGAGAAAAACAUCUCUAGCCUAAACUGUAGGAGUUGGGGACUAGGGAGUAACAAAGUAGAGCCAAUUGGUUGUCAUCGUAUCCCCUGGGGGGCUCGGAAGGGGGGCACCAAUGAAGAUCAAGUACAAUUCCUACCAUGGCAAGCCCAUGGUCUCCAGCCUUCAUGGUUACUUUUCCUUAAUAGCACUCCCAUGCCAGAGGGAGGGUGGAAUGUAAGCAGAGGGGUAAAUCUCACUAUUUUCAACGAGAAACAUCAGCUGCUGAGUGCUUUCUUCCCAUUGAGACAAGCGGGAGUGCGGUAUUUAGAAAGCUGCAACCUAACACACCCCUACUGCACACCUAGAAUCCAGGCCCUUUGGUGUCGUAGAAAGGAGCUGCCGACCAAUGCACCCCGAGGACUCAUGUGGGCAUGCACCAACGGUGUACUAUAUAUUUCUCCACCUGCUCACUUUGAUGGGGCUUGUUUUAUUGCCAGUGUGGAACUCUGCCCACCUCUUGCCACAAACACUUCCAACCCGUACACUCCCUGGUUCGCACACACUAAGGCCAGGGGAAAACGCUCCGCCACCACUUGGUCCAGAAUGACCUAUAGCCAACAAGUAGGCAAACGUUUUGAAUGGGUAAUCGAAGGGUUGUUCCUUUGGUAUGUAGGAAUCAUAAGAGCCCAGGAGGCCAUUGUAAAAUUAGCAGAGGAAGUAGAAAUGGGCUUCAACACCACCAAUGAAGCUCUAUUCCUGCUAAAUAAGCAGUUACAAGAAACCUCAAAGAUGACUAUGCAAAAUCGACUUGCCCUAGAUGCUAUGUUACUUCAUAAUGGAGGAGUAUGCAAAUAUCUAAAUUUAUCUCAUGAGUAUUGCUGUAUUUCAAUUCCUAAUGUGACCAUACUGUUAAUGGCUCAACUGGAGGUAAUUAAAAAGGCCGCUAAAGGUGUUAAUGCCAUAGCGAAAGUAAGCAGUGGUUGGCUCGCAGACCUUUUUUCCAGUUUUGGUUGGAGUUUUUCCUCGUUAGCAAUGCGCAUACUUGCCCCAUUAUUAACCCUAUUAAUACCUCUAUUCAGUUGUUUAUUGUGUGUUUGCGUAGGAUGUUGUGUCGUUGAUUCAAUCAAAAAGAAAGUCAUAACACUAUCGGCCUUAGUUUACACUCAAAUACCUAAUCCUUCCGAAGACGAGGACUUUGAGUGUGUGUCUAUGACCAGUAUUAGAUAAAUUAACAAUGUAUCCAUGUUCAAUCAUAUAACAAUCUGGCAGUAGUCAAGGGGGCAUGUCUGAAGGUGAUGUGACUCCACCAGAUUGUUGUUUGAGGUGUUAAGUGACAUGGCUACCUGUGAGUGACAUUCGGUGACGCAGUGGCGGAGGAAUGUGAACUUAAUAUGCACCAUCAUGCGGACAGUGCGUGAUCGCUUAUAGCCUAACCAGUCAGGAGUUACCCCUAGAGUGUGACUGGCUGGACCAGCAUGCUGAGGGCUCCAGAGUGUUCCAUCAAGGGGGGGACCCUGAUUGGCUAGGGAGUCUAUAAAGGGGACUGCGUGCCUUGGCGUAGGGUCCCCAGACGCUCCCAGACUUCGGUCCUUGGGAUCAGAUCAAAAAGACAGCCUGAUCACCUGUCUUGCCGUCUGGACAGACCCCUAGGCUUCUAGCUAGAUUUCUAGCAUACACUGCUAUAGCUUAUAGUUAGACCACACGCAAUCCGGAACGCCCUGUGUGUUGCCCAACUAGGCAUCAUACUUGUAUCACCACUACACCUUACUUGUCACUCGCCACUACCUAUCAUUUGUUCAUUUUUCUACCCGCACCACGUCGUCUGUGUCCACCUGCUACUGUAAAUGGUCCUUGUAAUUAGUUCCUGUAUUCAUCAAGUUACUUCAACUCGUUAAUCAUCUGGUUGGCUUGUAAGUAAACUUAUAAAUUUUCCUCACAUACCAUUUGUCUCAGUAUCGCGCUCUUUCUCCCUCUCUCUUACACCUGGCAUCCCCAAGCGUGUCUGGGUUGGUGUCACUACCCAGUGCCCCACUCGACACGCAACUGCGGCCGUUUCCCAAGCACUCUGGGAAUCGUGGCCCACAGGUAGUUUCAUGAUUUAAUGUGUGAAAGAGGUUAUUGGAUGAUUGGCCUUUGUAUGGUGGAAAUACUAAGGCUGUGGUACGUUUCUUGAUAUAUGGUAGCUGUUCUGUUACUGGGCUGAGUAACAAGCAGUGUAUACUCUUAAAUGCUUUAACUUUUUAUUUCCUUCUUUUUGUGAUUUUAUUUUCUGUCUAGGCCAAGCUUCAUAAUCUCAGAAUGCUGCAAUUUUUUUGUGUUAAUACAUUGUCAGUAUAAUAUUAAAUAUAUGUUUUAGAUAAUGUGAUUAAAGCUGGAAGUCCUUUAUUCAAGGAAAAAUAAUAUAAUUCCAAGUAAAUUAGCAUAGGCACUCACUAAUCCUUUUGCAAAUACAAUUCAUGCAGAUAUUAUUUACAAAUAAUUUUCUACUUUCCCUAGCAGAGCUGUGACUAAUGUAUAUGUUUUUAAAUUCAAUUGAGAAAAUGUCACCCUGACUUAGUUAGAUCAACAGACAGUUUAGAAUAGGCUGCUGUAGACAGAGCCCUUCAAGUCUCCAGAAAAUGGAGACAACCCUUUGGCAUCUUUCUAGCUGCUGACCUACUGAUGUCAGAUUCUAGGGAGAAGUGUGAUGUUUAUGCAAAUUACUGUGAAAGCCAUUACUGGCUUAAUGCCUCUACAGAUAAUGUAAUCCUGAUACAUUAGCUUGCUAGAUUGAGGGAUACUGUUUGCUUUAACCUUGAAUUGUUUAUCUCUUUCCAUACUUUGCUCCUCAAACUUCUGCCAGUCAGGGAGAGAAAAAUUGAAAUCCAACCUUCCAGCACUAACACCAAGAUAAAUAAAUAAGAUGAUGCUAUAUAUACACACAAGAAUAAAAGUACAAGCAACACUAUAAGAAGGAAAAUAUGCAUAAUCACAGAAGAAGAAUUUAGGUGACAUUGUUCUUAAUUAUGCUUGUAAGCCUGAUAAGAUACAGCCAAUGCACUUAGUUUUGGAGAUGAAGAAAGAGACAAAAAUAACUAAAAGCCACCUGUUUACUGCCUUAGUCUCAGGGCAAGGGGGCCUAUUUCAUCACCCAGCACAAAUUAUGGCAAUCAACUACAAAAGGUUCUUUACUGGCCAUUAAGCAAAUGAGAAAUGCUUGUGUGAGGGUCUGAAAAGCUGGCCCAGCUUGACUGGAUACAACAAUGAUGGUGUAUUAGAAGUGGGCAGAGAAAUGAAUGAGAUUGCCUGUCCUUCAGUGGUUUUAAAGGCAUGUAGGCAUAAUGAACAUAACAUGCCUAUAUUAGGAAUACACUUUAUACUCCAUGCAUACAACUAUUACUUUUGCUAGUAUAGGGCUUAAGGGCUGGCAAGGGCUGGCUUCUUCAUAACUGCUGGUAGAAAAAAAAUCCAGUCAAGGGUCUCCAACUUAUUUUUUCAGUUUAAAUGAAUGACAGUUCAUUGCUCAAGCACAGGUAUUUUUUACUUCUGGCUGUAGUGGGUAGUAAGACAGGUGGAUCCAAUUUAUAGUUUCCCUCUUAAGUAUAGAAGUGGUCAUAGGUGCUUAAAUAAGAUUCUGUUCCACUCUACUCAAUUACCUGAAAAAUAGUAGUUGAAAAAGGUGGGUAGGUCUUCCUCAUCUUCCUCACUGCUUUCUUCUGACUUAGUCAUAAGGAUAAGAGUAUGGUGGGAUUUUUUAAAUAAGGAGAUACAGAUGGAUUUUCAGGGACUUAAAGGGGAUGGAAUAAAAUUACAUUUAAGAUAUGUACACACAUUCAAAUAAUCUGGAGGAAAUCUACUGAGUUUGUUCUUCUGGUAGAAAAACUUACCUAGAGCCACAUGUACAGACAUUUGAAACCUGAGGCCUUGAAGAGUGGAGAGCUUGCAGUGCUGACACUGUGCAGUUGGGGCUUGGGCUGUGCAUACAUCUCAGUAUGCUCUGCUGGCUCUCUUUGUCUUCCUGGCAACAAAUGGCAGCAGUGCCAAGGGCAGGUCAGACUGUGUUGUCAGCAUGUACAAACAUUUAUUGUCCCAAAAGAAACUCUCCUGGAAGUGAUUUUACAUUUGUUGUUCCCAUGUUAUUUUUCUCCUGGAACAGCCAUUUUUACUCUGGGAGAAAAAGCCUGAACAUCUAUAUACUUGUAGUUUCACCUAGGAGUGCGGCGACCUCCAGAUGAAACUGAAUGUCUGUAUGAGGCCUUGGGCACUUAACUUCAUUUAGAUACCUAAGAAAUGGAAUAGAAUCGGGCCCAUGGUCUCUUUGAGAGCUAGGGCUCCAUCCAUAAGAAGAAAAAUGUGAUAUGUGCUUCUACAAAGAUUAAUGAAAUAUAAAUGUACUGCUUUAACAAACAAUAUUUUUCUUUCACUUCUGUGCAUGUAUCAGGCAUCCAGUAAGCUUAUGUAAUUUCAGGAUUUCUUUUGUUUAAACACAGAUACAUUAUUUAAAAAGUACAUUAUAUAGAAGGAUAGGAGGGCAUACACAUCAUUGUUGCUUUCACAAAACUUCAUCAGCAUGCAAAUUGAACCUAAGAUAGUUCUGGCAAAAAUGAAAAACUUUAACUAAGCUUCGUAAUGUGAAUUAAAUGUUCUUGGUUUGUAAAAUAUUAUAAUGGAAUUAUUUGGGUAUCAUAAAUAAAUGCAAAAAUAGAUAUAGUAAUGUUGUUAUUACUAAAGCAGUAAAUGACUACAGUUACACUCUGCUGAAUGGCAUGCACCAUGGGAAUGAAAUCUUAGGAUUUAUGGAGAACAUAUUUGUUUUUGAUUUACAGUAUUUACAAUCUCCUUACACAGUCUUCUGCAUUUGCCUGGUCAUAGGAUAAGAAAUUGAUGCAGACAAUGAAACAGCAGAAAAAAGUCAGUUAAGUAAUGAAUAUGAAUCAGUGGCUUUAUUUCAGCAUUAAUUUGAAAUAAAAAAUGCAUAGUGUU